UUAUUGAAACGUGUGGGACAAGUUAAUUGACACAAGUCUCCCCUAGCUACAACUAGUUUUGAGUUCUCGUAGAAGAAAAUGCCAAGAAAUUACAUAGACAAGUGAUGCUGGCAAUAUAAGGCGGGAGCAUAAAUAUCCAUCCUCUAACGUCUAACCUGGAAAUUAAACACACCCUCUUCAAAACUAGGAUCACUCCUCUAGCUAGCCAGAAAUGGUUCUGAAACUUGUUUAUAUCAUCAUUGUGAUGAUAGGGCGGAUGUAUCCAUUAACAUGUGCACAAUAUCAGAAUCAGGCUAUAAUAUCUGCACAAAAUCAGAAAGAGACUAUAGCACGAUUCGGUUGCGAUUCGAAAUGUGGAAAUGUUUCCAUUCCUUACCCUUUCGGAAUGCGCAAACCCAAAUGCUAUGCAAGCGAGCCGUUUGAAAUAGAAUGCAGACACAAUAAAAAUGGUUCUCAAGGUGAGAAACUGAUCGCACCCUACCUCAAGUAUAUAAAUCUAGAGGUAAUGUACAUUGAUCUUGAAUACGGUACGGUCGGGAUCAAGAAUCCAAUUUUUCACCCUGGUUGCGACAACACUAGUACAGGCAUAAAUCUCGAAGGUGGUCCUUUCGUGUAUUCCCAGGAUUACAACUCAUUUGUGACCGUAGGUUGCCAAAACGCAGCCUUGUUGUUGUCAAACGACACGAUACUUACUGCCUGUGUGUCCGUGUGUUACGACGACCCAAAAAAUGCCAAUAUGAUGGACGUGUCAAGUUGUCGCGGCAAGUACUGCUGUGAGACUUCACUGCCACCGUACCUUCAAGCAUACAACGUCUCAGUUGGAACUGUAGAAGUGAAAAGUGAGAUCAAACCAGAGUGCGGUUAUGGGCUGAUUAAAGCAGAUUAUUUUCAGUUCAAUUACGUGUACGAUGAAUACAAUUCAAGUUACUGGGUUCCUACUCUUGGGAACCUAAAGAAAGUAAAAGAUGUUCCUGCGGUGCUUCAAUGGGAGAUUCCGAUUCACAUGCCCAACAAUUCCUUCCCCGAAUUCCGUACAGAUGCGGAUUCAUAUGCCAACUACAACUGCAGUUACACUAAUGUUACAUCUGCACAAUCAAAAUCGGGUUGGAGAUGUACAUGCAAAUAUGGCUUCAAGGGAAAUCCCUACCUUGACCAAGGCUGUAAAUUAGCUAUGGAGGAUUCUCCUGAAAGAAACAAAACUCGAUUAAAGUGGGCCAUAGGAGUUUCUUCAAGCCUCGGAACCGUCAUUUUACUCCUUGGUUUGUGGUGGUUGCAUAAAGUUAUAAGGAAAAGUAUAGCAACGAAACGCAAGGAAAAAUUCUUCAAACAAAAUGGAGGGUUGUUGUUAAAACAAAGACUCUCUUCAGGUGAAGUUAAUGUUGACAAAAUUAAACUGUUUAGCCUAAAGGACUUACAGAAGGCCACCGAUCACUUUAAUAUAAAUAGGGUACUUGGGAAGGGAGGCCAAGGUACUGUUUACAAAGGGAUGCUAGUAGAUGGAAAUAUUGUUGCAGUGAAAAAAUUUAAGGUCAACGGGAAGGUUGAAGAAUUCAUCAAUGAAUUUGUCAUUCUUUCACAAAUUAACCAUAGAAAUGUGGUUAAGUUGUUAGGAUGUUGUUUGGAGACUGAAAUCCCUUUGCUUGUUUAUGAAUUCAUUCCCAAUGGUAACCUUUUCGAAUAUAUACAUGGACAAAAUGAGGACUUACCAAUGACAUGGGAAAUGCGUUUGAGAAUUUCCAUUGAAGUUGCUGGAGCUCUAUUUUACUUGCAUUCAGCUGCUUCUCAACCCAUUUAUCACAGAGACAUCAAGUCAAGAAAUAUACUAUUGGAUGGGAAAUAUAGGGCAAAAGUAGCAGACUUUGGUGCAUCAAGAAUGGUUUCCAUUGAAGCUACUCAUCUCACUACUACAGUUCAAGGAACUUUUGGAUACUUAGACCCUGAAUACUUCCGUACUAGUCAAUUAACAGAUAAGAGUGAUGUCUACAGCUUUGGAGUGGUUCUUAUUGAACUUUUAACAGGGAAAGAGCCAAUAUCCUCUGCGAAACAACAAGAACUUAAAAGUUUAGUUUCAUAUUUUCUCCUCUCUAUGGAGGAAAAUCGCUUGUUUGAUAUUGUAGAUGAAAGAGUCAUGAAGGAAGCGGAGAAAGAACACAUCGUUGUAGUUGCCAAUCUUGCAAGAAGAUGCUUAGAGUUGAAUGGGAAAAGACGACCAACUAUGAAAGAAGUCGCAUUAGAAUUGGAAAGUAUCCAAAAAUCAAAGAAACAGUCUGCUGCACAAGAACAACAUGAAGAACUUGAGCUUCCUGGAAUUGAUGACUUCCAACUUUGAGCUGCGCAUUCUGCAACUUCAAAUUUGGGGGGAACUUCAGAUUGCAAAGCAUCAAUCUUGGAGAUUAUGCCUACUCCAAAUAAUUGAAGAAUUCUCUUAACUUGUUUAUUGUGUGUAAAAUAAAAACCAAUUUGGUUAGACACAUGGAAGAAUGUACACUUUAUAAUUCUCCUGUUACUAAAUAUAAGCCUUUUCUGAAAAAUUUCAAAUUUUUUAUAA